UUAUUCACUUUUGCUGUUUACUUUAUUGUGCCAUGAAAUUAUGAUCUUUGCCAUCCAUCAUCACAUGCUUCCUCUUUCCUAUCGGGAACCAGUAUGAGCAAUUACAUAUAAAACAUAGACUUUGUGCUGGCGUGUCUCAGUAGUGCGAGCUGAACUCAGAGUGAAGUCCAAAACACCAGCUGAAGAGAGGAUUCUGUUUCUGGUCAACUUCAUACUCUGAAACCAAAAUGUCGACUGCCGGAGCCAUGAAUCCUUCAACGAUUGUCAUCCAGAUUCAACCACCGACACAAACAGCACCGAAUGUGACUGGGACCAGUUCUCCUGUGCCUGUUUACUUACGUCAUGUAGCAGGAGUUUUACCUUGUCAAGGAAUUGAGGCCUUUGUGAAAGGCCAACCAAAAGCCCUUGGGACUGUCCAGAUAAUGAUCGGUCUGUUUACUCUCCUGUUGGGAAUCGCAUGUACAAUUUAUGCAGAGUCUGUCUUUGUCUUCAGUGGCAUUCCUUACUGGGGAUCUGUCAUCUACAUUACUGCAGGCUCGCUCGCCAUUGAUGCUGAAAACAAACGUAAUUCACCAACCAAUUUAUGUUUGGUGAAAGGGUCCCUUGGAAUGAACAUUUUCAGUGUUAUAAUUGCAGGCACCGCCAUUAUUAUCAUUUCAAUUGAUAUGCUUAUGGGACAAUACUACGAUUACUGCAGUGACUAUCAUUGUGCAGACAUGCAGUUAAAGUAUAAGACUCUCUUCACAGGAAUCAAUGUUGUAAUGCUGCUGUUCACCAUCCUUCAGUUCUUCAUCUCCCUCUCCCUGUCUGCUUUUGCUUGUAAAGUCAGUUGCUGCUGUAAUCCUGAGGUGCCAACUGUUUCACAAGUUGUGUCUCCACAGCCCCAUCAUUUCCAUGGUCUAAACACCUCAGAGAUUCCUGUGAUCAGCAACCAUUACGUUCAACAGCCUCCUGCAGAAAUUCUCCCACAGUACAGUCAACAUCCUCCUGCAGAAACCCCCCCAGUGUACACUGAACGGAAAUUAAUGUGAAUCAUAAGAGUGCCUUAGCUCUGCUUAUUUGACUAUGGUUUUAUUAAUGAUUUCUCACCCAUUAUCCAGAUAUAUGCAGACACUCACUCUCCUUCAGCUUGGUGGCUGAUUUAUCAGGGGUCACUACAGUGGAAUGAAUCACCAAUUACUCUUGUAUAUGAUUUAUGCAGCUGAUGCCCUUCCAGCUGCAACCCCACACUGGGAAACACCCAUACACUCUCAUUCACACGUACAUUCAUUCAAAUGGAAGAACACAUAUUAGAGAAAUCUAUUAAAUCAUUUAAAAAAAUUCUUUGAAUACUCUUAAUUACUGUAUAAUCUGUAAGAUUGAAAUAUUUUAAAGUUGUAUUAAUUAAAGCAGUAUUAAAAAAAUCUGUUAACCUUGUGA